AUGGUAGCCGCGCGACUAACAGAUCUCCGCGCCGCCGAUAGCACUCAAGUGCCUUUUAAGAAAUUUAGAGAACGCGGAAUAUCGAGUAUAGUCGAGUGCCUGCGGUUCACUGCCAACUGGGUUUGGCCGGCUUCCCGAUGCGGUGGCGAGGCGCGCUACUGGGUGCCCGUACGAGCCGUGGGCGCCACUCGCGCCUUUGCCGUGCCUGUUUCGCCGUCACCUGCGCCCUCAUCAUCGGACGAUGGCGGAUUUCUGCCGCGCGUACGAGCGCCUUUGCGCCCUGCCGCUGCACCGCCGCUGUUCCGCGCCUCGUCGCCAGCACUGGCGCUUCAUUGGCCACCCUGGCCGCCCUGGCCACCCUGGGCCGCCGCAUGGACUCCUUGGUCGCCACUACAUGUGUCUGACCUUAGUUCUGUUCCCUUCCCUAGCUCUGCCGACGGCUCCUUCCCAACUCCUCCGUCACCCUUUCGGCUUAGGUCACUACGACAGAGCGCGGUUGUGGGCGGCGUUGGACGAGCGCGCGUGCGGCCGGCGCCGCGACAUACGCGGCCUCGUCCCAUGUCAGAGCUGCCACCGCCGCCUCACGAGGCAUCGCCUGAGAGUCGCUCUUCGUCUAGUGGCUUUGGCAGCAAAAAUGCAUCAUCUCAGCACAACCGUAGCAGUCGGACGGGCAGCCUGGCGGAAUGGCGGCCUCCGCCUUAUCGACCGCCGCCGCCAGUGCCACCACCCCGACCCGGUUCUGGCGAAGUUGGAGACGCAGGCUCGGUGGAUGUGCACUACGAGUGGGACCGCGCCACACGUACUCCUACGCCGUCUACGCCAGAGAGGACUCGCGCGCGAUCGUCGCGCGAUGACGUGGAGGCGCGCGUGCGUGCCAUGAAAGAAGAAUUCCUUGAGUUUCGCAAGCGCCAGGCGUUACGACGGCGCUCACCAGAACCGCUGAGCGCACCGCCUCCAUUGUCAUCGUUGUCUUCGCUAUCUCCACUGUCCGUUCUGUCCCCGCUGGCCGCAUUACCCCACUCUCCGCCGACGCCCGCCGAAACCGUCUGCUGA